CUUACAAUGACGUCACAAUGUCUGUUUAUGACGUGGUGUCGUUUAUUAUGACGUCACUUUUCAAUCCCCGUUAACUGAAGUUUAGAGUGGAAAUAACUUCAUGACCCGUCGUUGAUGCCUGGGGUGGAGGGAACCGGGUACGUGCCUUAUGUUCCCGACAAGGUGCCCAUCUCGGGAGAGUACUCCUCCAUUGUAGGGGGCGCUGAGAUGGUGACGUCACCUAAAAGGAAAGGGGGCGUGGCGAAAACGUCCGACAUCAAGAUAUCACUCGGGGGUGCCCAAUCGUCGUCGAUGUCGAUGCUAGAUAUUGAGCGACGUCACGCUGCCUCUGCAAUGCGUGUCGACAGGUCUGAACUAGCCCAUCAGCAGUCAGUGUGGGACAUCGUUGGCAACACCCUGGUGCGUUGCUACCGAGCAGUGGUCGGUGAAGACAAUGACAGCUACAGAGCCCAGCAUGAUGACAGAGAAUAGCCAUUGUUUUUGUUUUGUUGUUUUUUUCAUGAAAUAAUGAUAAAAAAAAUCAAAUUCAGGAAACAUU